AUGUUUCAUGACAGCACUGCUGACAAUCUUGCUUUCAAGGUUGAAAUCACGCGCACAGCGGAGGCCACCCCGUGCCGCUCGCGUACCUGGCUAUCUGCAGCGGAGGCAACCCUGUGCCGCUUCCUACGGCAACGCAGGAGAAACCCUCAGACCUCGGAGCUCAGGCUUGCGCGAACCGGGGCAAGGGCCAAGCCUAGCGGACAGAGAGCGAUGGACAUCAGCGGCAGGGCAAGCAAAGUAUGGAGGGUGCGGGUGCAGUGGGCAGCGGAGCAAACGAAGAAACGGAGGGGGAUGAGUACCAGCGAGCUCGCGAGGGAAGCGACGGCGGCAGAGAAGGGACGAUGGGCGGGGCACCCAACUCUCUCGAAGGACCAUGACGCUAGGUACCGAGGCCUGAGAUCAACGGCAGAUGAAAAGCUGGUUCUAGGAUCGGACGGUUGUGAAAUCAAGAUGACGUGGCCCAAUAUAAUGCAAGAGCUUGAACUCUGA